GGCAGAGCAUCGGAGCAAAAAAUGGCGGCCAUCUCCACCACCACCGCCGCCUACUUCUCCUCGCAGCCGCAGCUCCCCGCCACGGCUGCCGCCAAGUCCGGCGGGCGGCAGCAGCAGCGGCGGCGGAGCAGCUUCGUGAUGCUCGAGGCGGCGGCGGCGUCCGGGAGCGGCGGCGGAGGGGGAGGGGCGGUGGGGAGGACGAGGAGCCUGACGGAGGAGGACCUGGAGGAGCUCAAGGGCUGCCUCGACCUCGGGUUCGGGUUCGCCUACCACGAGAUCCCCGAGCUGUGCGGGACGCUCCCGGCGCUGGAGCUCUGCUACUCCAUGACGCGGAGGUUCCUCGACGAGCAGAGGGCGCCCGGGCAGGAGCCGGAGUCGCCCGCCACGCCGCCGCUCCCCAACUGGAGAAUCUCUGGCCCCGGUGAUGACCCAAAGGAAGUGAAGGCUAGACUGAAGUAUUGGGCUCAGGCAGUGGCAUGCACUGUGAAACUCUGCAGUUAGUGGUGGACUGGUGGUUGGCUGUCUGCUGGUUCAUCUCAUAAUGUCUAUCCUACUGACGGGAGGAAAUGAAGGUGGUUGAAGUUGAAGAAUUUCACUUAUAUGGUUUUGAGGUCAGGUGAGCAAAUACACUGAUGAGGUGCUUAUGCCUCGUGUUAUCGAGGCAACACGAUCGAUCAGUUAUUUCGCAAAACUUCAAAGGGGAGACUGGUCACCCCACGGAACAGCAAGAAAACUCAAGGUGAUCCGUGGUCCGAGCUUUUCUGAAGGCAUCAGAAGCUUGUCAUUCCUCAUGGAGGUCUCUGCAUGGUGCAGGGUUUGCAACUGCGAGACCUGCUAGUUUUUGCUCUUGUCAUGAUCUUUAGGAGCACCAAUUGCUGUACUGUACCGGGUGGGGCGGGGGUUUGGCUGAUCCAUGGGUGGAUCAGUUUCAGUAUGGCUUUGUUCUGAUAUUCUGUUUAAUUUUCAUUUGCUUUGAAGUAGAAGAUUCUGCUAUACUGCAAAGUUUGCAGAUAGUAUGCUCCGAAAAAUGAUUUAUCCAUGCAGUCUAACAAUAAACUGUAGCUGCUGAUAUUGUGUAGUACUACCAUGUGAUGCUACUGAACUUGUAUGCCUGUAUCCCCAUUCUCAAUGCUUUCAGUUUGAGACUGGUAAAAGAUUUGAUUGGAUUAUGCUGCUGGGAUAACACUGUUGCAUGAA